ACUGCUAAACCAACUUUGCUUUAAAACCGGUGACUGGGGUCCUUGGAUGUCCCAAACGUCAUUUUGUGAUCACUGGUUUUACUGUCUCUCUCUCUCUCUCUCGUGGUAAGGGCCAUAGGAGACUAUCAUUUAGUCACCGCAUCAGAGGAGUCAACAAGAAAUAGCUGCUCAAGUUUGGACCGUACUGAAGACGUUUUAACAGUUCAUAGUUACAAGGAGACUAUACACAACACACGGUUUGAAACCAUCACAGGUUUGAGUUGUUUUGGAUCGCCAUGAGCAAGACGGCAGCCAAGGAAAACGGAAUCUGCAAUGGUGGCGGAGAGGGCGCCACCUGCGCCAAGAGAAUGAAAUUAACAGACACACACAUCAAGGCCAUCUCGAAGAACAACGGCCACUCUAAGGUGAAGCAGAACAGCGCCGCCAUCGUCCAGAGUGAAACAGUGAAGGUGGUUGAGAAUGGACAUCAGAAUAAUGGCUCGGAUUGCGAGAAAGUCACGGUGAAGAAAAACCAAGACGGGGAUAUAUCGACUGGUUACGUCACGGCGCAAGAUUGGAAGAAGAAAUGGGAGAGCGGGAAGACGAGGUUUCAUAAUCAAAAAGUUCACAGAAUGCUCACAAAGCACAUCCAUAGACUCGUAGAAGGAAUGAACGAACCGAGAAUGCUCAUACCACUUUGCGGAAAGACUUUGGAUAUGGUGUGGUUUUUGGAUAGAGGAUACAGCGUCGUGGGAUGUGAAAUCGCUGAACUUGGAGUCAAACAAUUCUUCACAGAGAACGAAAUUGAGUACACGACGGAAACACUUAAGGACACAGACGGGCUUGUAUACAAAGGAAAGGACAAGGAUGUCACAAUCUAUGUGACGGAUUUCUUCACACUGACAAGCGCCCUCAUCGGUCAGUUUGACUGCAUAUGGGACCGAGGCUCAUUGGCCGCAAUCAACCCAGACGACAGAAAAAGAUAUCGUGACGUCAUAUGUGACGUAUUGAAGCCCAGCGGUCGUUAUCUUCUAGAUAUAUUUGAAAUCCCGCACGAUGUCUUUUGUGGUCCGCCACACAACCUCGACCCCGAAGAACUCAAACUGCUCUACGGCGAAUCGUUUGAAAUUGAGCAACUUGAACACGUGGACGCCAUGAACCCUUGGUCUAAAUCAUGGGGUGUUGCUUAUUUCUACGAAAAUGACUUCCUUCUCACCUGGAAGAAGUAGACAGAAGAAGAAAAAGAAGGGGGAGUAGCUGUAUAGUGAACAACUGAAUAUGACUUAAAAAUCAUGUCUUGUUUUGAGAGAGAGAUGGUUGUUAACUCAAAACUUGGCACUGGUCACUUUGGAGUCUGCAGCUUCUUGCGAUGUCACGUUCCCAAUGGACAAGUUCAAGGUCACUAUGGGUGGAUCACCAAACCACUUGGCACCAGACGAGUUAGAGACAAGUGCCUCAUUAUGAUUCUCGUAUAGAUUGAUAUAUCAAAUCCAAAAUGGCCGCCGUGCUGUGUGAACUUUGUUUAUAAAAAUGUAAUUAUUGAUAACAGCAUAGUUAAUGAAUUUGAUGUUUUACUUUUUAACUAAAGUACGGCUUUUUGGCAUAAGCAAAUACAUAUAUGGACCGACUCUGUAAAUUGAGCUCAGCUUUUACCACGCCUGCGGACCCAAGUUUUAUGUUGAUUCUAACAAACAGCAAGAUAUUAUUUAACCAAUCUUAGUGUCACCAGGUAGGGACUGAAAACCCAGUCCAAGGCUCCGUUCUGAGGUGGGAUUCGAACCGAGGUCUUUAGAAAUGCAGCGAAAGAAACCGCUCAGCAAGCCUCGAUCCCCGAUCCCCUUAUUCACAAUGUCGUGAUUUCUCGAUCAAGCCAGUGAGGAUGGAGGGUUGAGACGGAGGUUUCGACGUUUCGAGCAGUGAGCAGUAUAUUCUGCUGAUCUUCAGUAGACUCUCCUCGAUAUGGGCAUCCGAGCGUUCAUUUGGGUAAUUAUAGCUUUUAAGCAAGAAUUUAAAACAAACUUCUGUGAGUGGGAUUCAACUGAUAGAAAUAACCAUCGAUAUUAAAGCUAUUUUUAACAUUGUUAAUAAAGAUUUAAAUAUAUGAUAUUGUACCUAUUAGGCCUUUACCAACAAAUAUGUAAGUUGUACGACGCGCGUGCGCACCAUAAUUACUCAUGGUUGGCAAUUAAUGAGAUAAUGCAAGUUGUGUCAAUCAAUUGUAUCUGGACGCAUUCGUGAACGAAAAAUUAAUAUAAAUUCGUGGGAAAAAAUGUAAUUAGCGAAACCUGUUUGAAAGAAAAGCUUUAGGACACGAAUAGUGACAUUUUUUUGUAGAAAAACAUUUUAAGAAGAAACUAUAAAUAAAUAGUAAACUUGCUGGUACAACCAUGAGUAAAUCUCUU